CGCGGCUCUUACACGUGUGCUUCUUGCGGUGUGCCCCCAUCUUCUGGUCCCAUUUCCCGGCUCAUCAUGCUAGGCGCCAGGACGAAACAGGUCUAUGCAUACGGGCGACGUGGAUCCAGAAUCGUGAAUGUCUCUGACGACCGUGACAAUGCGGUCAAAGACAACGUCGAAACCCGCAGGCAAGACGACGACUCUUCUAGCGAUUUCGGCUCAUCGCCCCUCGAAACAAAUAAGAGAACUCUGAACUCGCAUCGAGGGACCUCUCCAAUACCAUUACGGCUAGGUCUGGCACCUAUUGAAAAGAAGAAACCAAAGAAACCUGGACGGCCGAGGGAAUCUGCUGUCUCCAAACCUCGGAAGCCCUUCGAUCCAUACCAAGAGAGAAAGGCGGAACCUGCCGGUUCUAAACUAGAUCGUAUAGCAAACAUACAGAACCCUGUCGGCCCUAGCACGCGAAAAGCGAGAAAAUCUUCAAUCGCAGUGUCAAAGCUUGUCAAGCAGAAAUCGCCAGUUCUUGCCCGUCGCCCUCUUCAUCCGCUCCCUCCCAGUGCACUGAACUCUCCGGUCGUUUCCACCGCACUGAAAAAGACGCGAAAUCCAGUCGGGAAAGGCUUGCCGUACGCUCCCCGCUCUCCAGUUGUCGAUGUUGAUAUCUUCGUCCUGGACCCCUCCGGACGCAGAGUGAGCCGCGAGCGGCGGGUCUCCAGGUCAGGCGUACAGGCCAACUGCUUAGCAGGGCCGUCCAAUUGGAGAGAUACUAAGCUACUUAUCGAUCUCGCGGAGGACUCAGACGAAGGAGUCCCACCGGCGAAGCGCAGAAAGGCACCUAUUUUGACCAUAAUUUCUUCAGACGAAUCGGAUGAAGAAUCUGACAUGGGCAAGAAGCUGCCAGGUCUUAAGCUUUCAGUGAACGAUGAAGACGAUGAUCCCCCCAUCCGCCCUCCAAGGGCUCGAGCUGCGAAAGCAAGACGCCGCAUCAACAUCAUAGCAUCUCCGGAGACUUCACCGUCUCCGCCUCAAGUUCUGCCGCCCAAAGCAAAGGCCGCUACCUCUUCAAAAGCCCGCGGCCUUCCGGAACCUGCGCCAGAAUUCGUGCUAUGGACACCACGCCCGGCUCACGCUGAGCCAGCAGCGCCCGCUUUCCCCACUCUCAUCUCUCAACAUACUAAGGUGAGACAGCUCACCCCGAUCCGGCGACGCCCAGGGCACAUCCCCACCUUCCUCGCACCGCCCUCUCCUCCCUCACCCACUACUCCCACGGACCUCGACCUUUCCCUUGAUUUCGAUGAGCUCUCGCUCUUAGACGCCGACCUCAAGCGCGCAGAGUCGAUCGGGUUGUAUGCGGCGCCCCCGCCGGCUUUCAUCCGGCCGCUACUGGACGAGUGCGCUCAGCGGACACCACACGAGUUCUCCGCAUUCAUAGAGACGUUUCCGUUUGACCCGAUCGUAUACGCGGAGGGGACCGCGUCAGCAUCUGCGCAGUUCCAGAAGAUCGGCGAGGCAUCGUAUUCGGAGGUGUUUGGCAUUGGAGACGUUGUGUUGAAGGUUAUACCUUUGCGUGACGAGGAGAAGCAGGCUCAUGGCAGAGCGUUUGUUGACGAGAGCCUGGAUAUACCUGCGCCUAGUGACGCUAAGGACGUCUUGAAGGAGAUCAUCGUCACAAGAGCUAUCGGAGACAUCUGCGAUGGCUACGUCAAGUUGCUCCGCACGUACAUCGUGCGUGGAAAAUAUCCAUCCUUGCUGCUGGACCUGUGGGACGAGUACAACGAGAAGAAGGGCAGCGAGGCCGUCAGACCUGAUGGGUUUAGCGUAUCCCAAUUGUACGCGAUCAUCGUACUGCCGAAUGGCGGUCCGGAUCUCGAGGCGUACACAUUCAAGACGGCGUCCAAGACCGGCUGGACACAGGCAUGCAGCCUGUUCUGGCAAGUCGCGCGCGCGUUGGCAGACGCGGAGGAACUUGUUUGUUUCGAGCACCGUGACCUCCACUGGGGCCAGAUUCUAGUGAAAGAUAUCCCCGUCACAUCCAAACCCACCCGCAAGACUACCAAGAAAAUGCCGAUGGACGACGAGUGCCACGGCGUGGAGGUCACCCUGAUCGACCUCGGGCUGGCGCGUAUGAAUUCAUCAGACAAGGGCGUUCACUGGACGCCAUUCGACGAGGAGAUCUUCGAGGGACAAGGUGACUAUCAGUUCGACGUGUACAGGAUGAUGCGCGAGCAUAAUGGGAAUUCGUGGCGGGAGUUCCGCCCGUUCACGAACGUCAUGUGGCUGCACUACCUGGCGCUCAAGCUUUUGCAUAGCAAGCGACUGCGCGCUCCGCCUGCACCGCGGAAGAACGCCGCGCCCAAAGCCGUCACGAAGCCCGCUCACACUGAACGCGAAUGCUACGAGUGCCUCGUCGAGAUGCAGGCGGUGCUGGCGGACUGCCUCGAGUCGUGCAAGCCGCCGCGCGCCGCGAAGAGGGGCAGGCGGAAGACGCAGGUCCCGGUUAAGGUGAUUGCGUCGACGAUGCUUGAGAGUGCGGGUGAUGUCGUGCAGCUCGCUGUGGAGAGGGGAUGGAUUGAAGGAGAUUGCGAGCAGUAGGUUUACGGAGUACGACAUUGUGUGGUCGCUGCGCUGUCCAGUCUGUACGGAUAGGAGGCUCGAACAUUGAAUAUUGACCGACAAAUGCGAUCGCAGAAAUAUAUCAUUGGGCCCGCUAAUGGAAGCCCGAAGCCCG